UCAAGAUUCUGUGUACAUCUACAAUACGUAUAGACUUAUUGGACUAGCUCUACAAAAAUCAAAAGAUAGUAAAGUUAGACAACUGCUUCAGAAGAUGUCUGAAUCUUACAAAGGAUUAAGCGAACACAUGUUAGAAGCUUGGUCAAUCAAGUAUACAAGUGGCAUCCAUCUCGGAAAAGCUUGUUCAAAUUACCUUGAUCAUUUAUAUGACAUGGCCAUCAACUAUGAUGCAGUUUACUUCGUCACUGCUAUGCUACCUUGCUACAAACUCUGGCCGUGGCUCGGUAAACAACUUACAGCAAAACAGAACGAUUUCGGAGUGUACACACAAUGGGUCGAAGAGAAUCUGGACCCAACUUACACCGGGUACAUUGAUCUUGAGACGUUGAUCAAUGAAGAGGAAAAACAUGGCAGAAUAAACCGCAAGAUGGCGCUAACCGUCUUCAAGCGAAGUAUGGAGAAUGAACGCGACUUCUUUUCAUCCGUGCCAUAAAGAUACAAUGCAAAAAAAUAAUACCGCACUAAAUAUUACACAUAUGUACGUGAAUCUAAUAAGUUAAUGAAAAUGAACAACACAGUUUGUGUAAUGCAUUGAGAGAAAAAAAAUGAGAAAACAAUCAGGUACAUGAUUCGCGUACCUGGACAUACAUAUCGCGUAUAUUAAUUUCAUAUAAUGUAUAUACCCUACCAUAUACAAGUGCCAACAGUUAAGUCGUUUUAUGUGCAAAUUUAAGGUGAUAUAUCCCAAUUUUGACGAAAUACACCUGCUUCUUUAUAGACUUUUUAACAACCACACAUAAACAAUUUUAAGAUGAGAGCGAGAAUGAAAUGAAUUUAAAGCUACAUGCCUCCAGGUGAGUCAAAAUAUUUCAAUAAAAUCAAACUUGAGAAAAAAUGUACUAAGAUGUAAGGAAAAGUAAAAAAGUUUCAAGAUUCAAGUAAUAUUUUACAUACUUAGUGCGAUUAAUGACUGAUUUUUCAGUAUUUAUAACUAUAUUUCUACUGCGUUACUAACGCAGUAAAGGCAAUUUCUGCAUA